AUGACAGAAAAUGACUCAAAUCUCCAAAGCACAUCUGCAGAUGACGGCUCAACAGCAAGUGUAGAAGCCAAAGCCAACGAUGUCGAAGAUGAAGAGCAAAAGUCCGCAGGACACCCCGUAAACUCUCUACCCAUGAGCUGCAGAAGAGUUAAACUUUACGAGAUUGGCUCUAGCACCGAAUCCUGGGUUGAUAAGGGGACUGGAUUUUGCCAUUUUGAAGGAGGUGAAGAUGGAGAUAAUCCAAAACUUGUCGUGGAUAUCGAAUUUGAUGGGAUAAAAUCUGUGGUUUCCACAUAUAUUCGGGAUAAUUCCGAUUACUCGUCACAGAAUGAAUCAAUAAUAAUAUGGCAUGAAGGAAAUGACACUCGUUUGUAUCGUGCUUUAUCGUUUCAGAAUAUUUUGGGACAUAAUGCCUGUUGGGCAUAUAUCCGCAAAUUUCUUGAUGAGAGCAUGUUACAGUCGAGUACAUCAGAAAGUGGAUCAAGUUCUCAAACUAAAGAAUCAACUUCUUAUCGGAUGCUACCUUCCCCGAGUGCGGCAACAAUUCAAAAGUUGGAUUCUACCCUCGAUACUUUGAUUUGUCAAAAUGGAAUUUCUGAUGCCUUGUACUUGGAUUUAUUGGAAAAAAAGUGGUUAAAAGAAUUAUUUGAGUUUAUGAACAAAAGUAUAGAAAAUGAAGAAUUGACUUGGAUACCAUCUAUCGCAUCUAUACUGUUGCGCAUGGUCUUGAAUUGGUGUGGGAGUCUGGAGCUUAUGUUAGUCUUUGUUUCAGACGAAAUUUUCUUCGAUCUCCUACGAGCGUUUGAGUAUGAUUCUGAGCUUUUGUCUCAAAAUAUUCGCAUGAAUCAUGUCAAAUUCUUUCAAGAAUUUGUGAAGCAUCAUGAUAUUGUUCCUCUAAAAAAUUCUACAUUUUAUCAAUUGAUCCAUGCCAACUAUCGCAUGAAUUAUUUAAAGGAUGUCGUUUUGCCAAGACAUUUGGAUGAAUUUUCAAUCCAACGUAUGAAUUCAACAAUUUACUCAAACAUGACGGAAAUAAUGGGUGUUAUUCUUACAGAAGAAUGUACAUUUUUUGAAGCACUUAGGGCAAAAUUAUCGCAAAGUUAUAUGGCGGCUCUCCUUCUGCGUGAGCUCCUGGUAGUGGCACGUGGCAAUAAUAUCCUAUCUCAACCAGAUAGGAAUUCUCUAAUUUUAAUGGUUAGACACUAUCAGCUAUUGAAUGAACUAACUGGUUACUUGGAUCAAACUGCCAACGCAUGCCAAGAUUUUGAAAAAAACAUGCGGCCUAUUAACACAAAGGCGGAGCAAGAAUAUGUUGAAAUUAAAAAGAUGCUAUAUAAAAAGAGGGAGACUCCAGAAGAUAGUGACAACUCCACUCUGUAUCGUCCAAAUUUAUUGUCUACUUGUCGACAUAAAUUGGUUGAACCCACUUCUCUUGCAAUAGAGAUAUUUUAUAUAUGCAUGGAAAUAUUUCCAGCAAUAGUAAGGGCGGCAGUGUUUACAGAUGCUGAAUCUGGAACCCCAAAGCUUCUAAUGGCUUUAUGCGGUACCCUUGUAAGGAUACCAGACUGCUUGCAAGCCAAGGAGAUUAUAAUGAGACUUUUAGACCCAAAGAGUAUGGAUUUGCCUGAAAAGGAUGAAAUGUGUAGAUUAUUCUAUGACAAGGGUGUCCUAGACUAUAUGUUAAAUAUGGUCUAUGUGGAUGACUCUGAAGAAGCACCUGAAAGUAGUAACCAUAACGGUUACGUAAGAAAACGUAAAUCCAGCAGAAUAUCACGCUCUUCGGAAUCUGUGCAUAUUAUGGAAAUCCUAUCUCUCUGUGCAAGGGAACACCGGCAUCGGUUCAAACUACGCAUGCAAAGCCAAAAUAUACCUCUUAAAAUAAUGCAGCGUACGCUUGAACCGUUUGAUAAGUUCUUGGCUGUAGGAGCGCUAAAAUUCUUGCGAGUUUGCAUACAAAUGAAGGACUCUCUCGUGGAAAGGCAUAUUAUCAAAAAUAAUGUGUUAAGGUCGGUGUUGUGGAUAUUGAACCAUCAUGUGAGUGGAUCUCAGGGAAGCGUUCUGGAAAGCAUUUGUCUGAGUAUACUAAGCGCAAUAGAAUGUGGAAGCAUGGACAAUCUCAUCGUCUGGCUAUUUGACGAUCAAUUCUGCUCAAAGAUACUCUCCAAACUAAAGGAAACGCGCUCAUAUAGUAUUAUCGCUACCCUGGAGAAGAGUCGUAAUAAUCUCAAGAGUAUAACAAUCACAAAAAGAAAGUAUAGCGACCCUAAUGCGUGGUUCGAGGAAGAUGACGAUACUUGUACUAGUAACAAGAGGUCAUCUCCCGUUACAAAUAGGAUAGUUGAAGGUUACGAUGAUGUGAAUGAGGACUUUCCCAGCAUCACCAAAAGCGUUGAACCGGAAGACGACCCAUGGAUGCCACUAAGGAAAAGGGCUAGCCAUGAAAAUAAAAAGGAAGAAAAGUUUGUCUUUAACCUACAACCACGGAAGAUUACUGUAAAACUAAAAUCCGAUCAAGGUACGCUUUAUUCUGCCUCCACGAUUGCUCAUUCAUUCAUCCGCUACACCAAUUUAUAG